CAGCCCUUUCCUCGCGUCUGACGGGUGCUGAGCUAGCUCUGUGAUGGGUCAGCAGGCCGGGUUGAACUACUCCAGAAUUCCUUUUCCGGCAGGUUUCCUAACUUGGCUCUUGGCAUGAGAUUCGGGAGGUAGUACGGGGGCAUGAGUCGGACAUGACUCAACGACUGAACAGCAGCAACCAGGAGCACGAGGCAGCAGCUGGACUGUUCUGACACUUGGAGCGUCAGGGCAGGGGCCCAGGUGCGGCUGCGGCCGCACACUAUGCCCUUUCUCUGCCGGCUCACCUCCCUGGCGGGAGGCAGGUGUGCGGCUGAUUCGCCUCUCAAGUCAUCCUUUUGCUUCUCCAGCUCCUGGGCCAGAAGUGUGUGCAGUUUCCUGACAUGGGUGCCAACUUCUGCAGGACACCCAGGCUUCGCGUCCCUCCUCGUGAGUUCCAGCUUGGGCUCGCUGGUCCCCGCUCCGGCUCCACCUUCCCUUCCUAACUACCUGCUCCGCACACUUGAGGCCGCAGCGUCAGGCAGAGGGGCGGCAGCUUACAGAGACCCUCCGAACAGCCCCACGACUGCAGAGGUGACUCCACACCCAGGAGGAUGCGCGGUGGUCCCCAGAGGAGUGCUUCCUCCCGGCGGACUGAUGGAGGGGAGCGGUUCCCUCUCGGUUCCCUGCGGGGCUGGUGACCGGGAGAGCCAGGCUGGGAGCAAGCCUGCUUCCGCCUCCAGAGACGUUCACCAGGGGGUCAUCUUCUCCUCCUCAGCGAUUUUAGACUUGAGUCAAAGUGGUCUUCACCAUUUUGGGGAGAUCUUUAAAGUCCCCAACCUCAAACAAUUGCACCUUCAGCGAAAUGCCCUGUGCACGAUUCCUAAAGACUUCUUCCAGCUGCUGCCCAACCUUUCAUGGCUGGACCUGCGAUUCAACAGAAUCACCGCGCUGCCCUCUGGGAUUGGCUGUCACAAGCAUUUGAAAACUUUGCUUUUAGAAAGAAAUCCCAUCAGAAUGUUACCUGUGGAGCUGGGGGGCGUGACCACCCUGAAGGCCCUGAGUCUGCGGCACUGCCCCCUGGAGUUCCCGCCGCCGCUCGUGGUGCAGAGGGGGCUGGUGGCCAUCCUGACCUUCCUGCAGAUCUGCGCGGCCGACCACGCGGCCCCCCACGACGGCUUCCCUCGAGUUAAAAAGAUGACCAUAAGGGAUCUGCCACAGCCCCUGUUGGACCUAUCCGAAGAGCACGUGCCUAACAAAGAAACCAUUCAUUCUCAGGAGCCAAAGGGAAGCAUGGUAACAGAAAAGGCAGACUUUUUCCCACCUGUUGAAACACUAGACCCGCACGAGCCCAGGAGGUCCCCCGAGCCCCCGGAGGACUGGCCGAGCGAGGAGGAGAUCCAGCGGUUCUGGAAGCUGCGGCAGGAGAUCGUGGAGAACGAGCGGGCAGGGGCGCUGGGGAACCAGCUGCUGCCAGCAGAGCUGCCCCCAAGCCUCAGGGCCGCGCUGAGCUCCAGAGGGAAACCGCUCCCCCGCCCAAGGCCCCUCUGCAGGAUGAAGAUACCCUCUUUCCAGGGCGUGCUACCCGAGCUGGACUCCACCCGGCAGGCCCUGGUCCGCACCAGCCAGCUAGGGGAGAGCAGGGGCCUGGUCCUCCAGGAACUGCGGGAGAGGCAGGCUCAGGAGCAGAGCAAGAGCACUCACGUUCUGCUGCCCGCCCCCCGGCACCCCCUCAGAGACAAGCGAGCGCUGCAGGAGUGGAGGGAGAGCACCCAGGUGAUGAAGCGAAGGCAGGAGGAGCCCGAGAGCCUGCCAGCCCCACCCACGCGGAGGAACCCAGUACGUGGGGGAGGCCGCGGAGGGGAGGGGGUGCCCGCAGAGGAGCCCGGGGGCAGCAAAGAUUGCCUUUGCCACGGACCCGAGAGAGAACAAGAAGACACUGAAGAAUUCGCCUGGAAAAGUGACACAAAGCAAGGAGAAGCUGCUGUAAGCAUGUCAGGAGACGAGGUCCGCAGCCUCGUCGGUAACCGGGCUGGCCUCCGAGGGCAGAUUCUGGAGGAGACGCUGAAGCCACAGGCCCAGCAGCUGCACGCGCGGAGGAGCAGGUUCCGGGGGCUGGCACCCCUCAAGGACGUCGGGAGGGCUGCCCGGGACGCGGAGAUGGCCCAGAGGCUGCACGAUGAAGUACUGAAGCUGAAACUGAGGUCGGCCUUAAACAGAAACCACCAGUGUGCUGCCCUGCCCAGGAGCCUGUUGCUCAGGCCUGCUGUGUCCCGGCCUCAGAAUAUAUUUUUUAACCCCAAGUAUUAAGAAUUUGAACACGUUUACAGACACUACUGACAGCGUUUUCUCACCUGGAAGACGUGGCUCGCGCCCUCCCAGGGAGCCCCCUGGCGCAGAGCCUGAGGGUCUGUGUCUCCAUCCCUCCAUCCGCACGUUCUGAGCCCGAGGGGUUCCAAGCUGCAUUAAAGGAGAAGGUGGUGAUAGGCA